UCUGGGAUCUGGAAUCCCUAAACCCUCUAACCUACUACAUCAAACACGCAGAGUAUGAAAAAUGAGCAGAUAGAUCAAAGCAAUUAUUGGUUGAUCUGCAAACAAGAAGAUAUGAAAGGUGCGGGAAGAAAAGUUGGUAAGGAAUCCGAGUUGUUUGGGUUGUUGUUACUAAAGACACAGAAGAAGAUUAAGAAGAAGAGGAAGAUCAAAUUGCAUGAGUUAUGUUGGAUCAUUGAUAUGAGCGGACUCGGAAAAUACAAAUUUAGAAGAAAAACUGAUUGGUCACUUAGAGAUUUCACAGUUCAUUAUAAUACUCCACAUGGAGGACUUCUCAUUGUUACUGAUGUUAAUGGAAAACCAACAGGAACAAGGUACACUUCUAAAAGAAGGCAUCUCAGUCAAGAACAGGUAAAAUCACUGAUCAUGGUUCAUUCAAACUAAGUUCUUUAGUAAAUAUCAAAUAUGUGUCGGUACUUAUGAUCAAUUAGCUUUUACUUGAUGCU